GUUGACGUGGAUGUUGGAUGCUUGGAUGUGGAGGAGGGGUUUGCAGCACAGAGUCGGUGUGGACGUGGAAAGUGCGUGGAACUAGCUCUAGACAGUGAGGGUUACCAAUGUGUCUGCUUGUCUGGUUUCCUUGGCCGCCACUGUGAGCUCAGCUACUCAGCAUGUCAAGAUUUACUCUGUGCCAACGGAGGUCAGUGUGUCGACCGAGCACACCACGUGGAAUGCCGGUGUCCUCCAGGCUGGACAGGUCCUACCUGUCGUCAGAAUGUUAACGAAUGUACUACCCCCGUCUGCAAGAAUGGUGCGGCCUGUCGCGACCGGCCCGGAACCUACGAAUGUCUGUGCACCCCCGGUUGGACCGGCCAUGACUGCAGUGUCCCCAUUCAAAACACUACCCUUUCUCCCAUUUCUCCCUCCUCCUGCUCUUCUUCCCCCCCUCAGUCUCCUUCAGCAUGCUGGCGCCUCCAAUUGGACUGA